AUAUAUUCCUUAAUAUUCUCUGUUCAGAUUCUAAAGGGUUCCUAAAGUACGCCGAAUCAGGAGAGAGAGAGAGAGAGAGAGAGAGAGAGAGAGCAUAAGCAAAGUCGUGUAUCAUAAUAUUGCUUUCUUCUUCAUCGUCGAAAAAAAAAAGAUGGUAAAUUGCUGGUGCUUCUCUGGCGGCGGAUCCACAGAAAAUCAGAUUCAUGAGAUAACAGAUUACGGGGACAGAGAUGCUGUGCUGUAUCCCCAGUUAGAAACGGUCGGAUUCGGAAGUGGUCUUGAAGGCUUUGGAUCUGUUUGUUCUUUGCCCGGAACCAAAGGGCUCAACCAAGACUCCGCACUUCUCCAUCCCGGAUUCGGAAUAGGAGGAGAAGCAUCAUUGUGCGGAGUGUUUGAUGGGCAUGGAGAAAACGGUCACCUUGUGAGCAAGAUCGUGAGGAAUGAGUUACCCGCCAUCUUGUCGGGAAAUAUGAACACUUGGCCGGAAAAACAGUGGAAAGAAAUCUGCCACGAUACGUUUUCUACGAUGGACAAACGGAUUCUUAAGCGAAAAAAGACUCUCGAUUGUUCUUCGAGCGGGACUACUGCUGUUCUUGCUCUUCGUCGGGGAGAAGAAUUGAUGAUAGCCAAUUUGGGUGACUCAAGGGCUGUGAUGGUGAUGGCGGGAACCAAUGAGAACGAAGACGCAAGGGCACUUCAAUUGACCAAUGAUCUCAAGCCAAGUGUCCCCAGUGAAGCAGAGAGAAUAAGGAAAAGCAACGGCAGGGUUUUAGCCCUUGAAGCAGAACCUAACGUCCACAGAGUGUGGUUGCCUUUCAAAGACUAUCCGGGACUGGCAAUGUCUCGAGCAUUAGGCGAUUUUGUCCUAAAAAACUACGGCGUUAUCCAAUUCCCCGAGGUCUUUACGCAUCGUAUCACUUCCGACGAUCGAUUCUUGGUUCUUGCUUCCGAUGGGGUGUGGGAUGUUCUUAGCAACGAAGAAGUAGCGACGGUUGUGGUGGCAGCCGAGAGCGAAAAGGUGGCGGCCAAUGCGGUGGCUAAAGCGGCGGCUGAGGCGUGGAAGAUGAAGUUUCCGGCGGCCAAAGUUGACGACAUAUCCGCUGUGUGUCUCUCUUUGAACCAGAAGCAAUCAACAUCCAUGUAACUUAUUGUCACACUUAAUAUAUAUAUAUAUAUAUGUAUGAUCCACUUGUGUGUUGUGUGAGGGCGUGUAUGUAUAUGCAACGAAUUUUUUGUUAGAAUUAUUCCGUAAAUAUUUCUGAAAUUUGUUUGUAUGCAAAUUUGAGAUUAGUUGGGUGAAAUAUUGAGUUUUAAA